GCGCCUGCGCACUGGGCUCGGAGCGAGCGGCGGCAGCAGGCUUUGUGUGUGUAUGUAUGUGUGUGUGCGAGUGUGUGUGUGCGUGCGGGAGUGUGUGUAUGUGUGCGAGUGUGUGAGUGAGUGUGUGGAUGCAUGCAUGUGUGUGUGUGUGUGUAUGUGCGUGCGAGUGAGUGCGCGGCUGAGGAGGGGAAAGCGAGAAGGGCCAGGGCGCGCUCCAGCAGCCUCGCUCGCCUAGCCAGCACCAUGUCGGGCCGGUCGGUUCGAGCCGAGACCAGGAGCCGGGCCAAAGAUGAUAUCAAGAGGGUCAUGGCGGCCAUCGAGAAAGUGCGCAAAUGGGAGAAGAAAUGGGUGACCGUAGGUGACACAUCCCUGCGGAUCUAUAAGUGGGUCCCCGUUACAGAGCCGAAGGUAGAUGACAAAAAUAAAAGCAAGAAGAAGGGCAAAGAUGAAAAGUGUGGGUCUGAGGUGACCACCCCGGAGAACAGUUCGUCCCCAGGGAUGAUGGACAUGCACGAUGACAACAGCAAUCAGAGCUCCAUAGCUGAUGCGUCACCGAUUAAGCAGGAGAACAGCAGCAACUCCAGCCCGGUGCCAGAACCAAACUCGGCAGCACAGGGGGACGGCCCCGAAGCGAAGUCCGAUGAGGUCCAUGCAGAGCCGAAGGAGCAAGCCGGAUCAGAAGAUACUUCUGAUGAACAGAAUUCACAGUCUUCAAUGGAAAAUUCAAUGAACAGUUCAGAGAAAGUCGAAAUGCAACCCUCUGGGGACAACGAUAUAACCACAGAAGCAUCAAAUAACUCUCAGGAUUCCGAAGGAGCACCACCUUCUAAAAAGAUGAAACUAGAGGCUUCCCACCAAAACUCCGACGAGAUUUAGACACGGAAGUAGGUUUUUCCAAUCCCAUUUUUACCGAAGGUACACCGGUGGGGCUUCAUUCUAGAACACGCAGACCCACGCUGACCCACGCAGCUUCUCAUGGAUGAGAACAGAACUCCUAACUUUUUAAAGUUUACCCAGCAAAAAGAAAGAAAAGAAAAAAAUUCCAAGGAGACCUAGGAAGGUGUGACUUCUUUCAGACACUGAAAAAAAAAUACAAAAUGGAACACUGUUUUAUUUUAUUUUAAUUUUUUUUUCCUGUGAAAGCAAACGUUCAGAAGUUCUAAGUUACUGUCUUUGGCAAGGUUGGAGUCAACAACUCAGGAGGGUCUAAUGCACUGUUUCUUUUAAAAAAAAAAAAGGUCCCGGUUACAUUUGUGUCGCCGCUGUAUCUUUUCAUUUCUCUAUUUAACCAUGUAAGCUAUUUAAGGAUGAUACAGGUCAGUCAUUUGCUUUUUUUCCCUUGAUUGUUCCAGCAAUUCCAUCUGCUUGGUUUUUGUGCCUUGUGUCCCUGAGAACAACUCUCGAGGUCUGGGGUUCCCCCCCCCAUCCCAGUUGCUUUUCUUCUUCUUUUGCCAAGUGCCCUCUUGUUCCUAGGUUGCUUCCAACUCAUUCCUGAUCCCUGCCCCCCUCCCCACCCUAGCCCCACCUCGAGACGGAGCAGAGAUGGAGGAAAAUCGGAAACGUUGGCCAUUUUCCCCCUUGGAGAAGCCGAGUCUGGGGUUGGACCCCUCUCGCCCUGAACUCCAGGUUCCGGCUCCCCGAGGGUUUAACCUACCUGAGACUAGCUGGUGGGGAUUUCCCUCGGGAUUGUAGGGUGGAGGUGGGGGUGGGAGGUGGCCUCCUUCCAUGCCCCCAGGGGAGGGGUUCCUGCCUGGGGAUGCUGUCGCUGCUCCCCAAUUUGCUGCUCUUUUUCAAUCUCUCUCUCUGGGAAGCUGAGCUCCAUCCUGGGGGACCCCACCCCCCUCCACUGGCCAUAGCCCUGGGACCAGAAUGAUUGUGCAAACUCGGCGCUUCCAAUCCUCACUCACCCUGAAAUGCAUCUCUCAGAUCUCCAAAGUGGAAAAUGGCGAGACUGUAGUUGUAGUUUUUAAUGAUUGAAGUUUUCUUUGCAGGCUCUGUAUCAAGGUCUGAGGCUGGGAGAGAGGGAAUGGUGGGAUGGGGAGAGGCCCGGAUGAGCUGGUGCUGACCUCACCUUUUCACUUGGGUUUGCGAAUCCCAAGUCAUGUGCUCUGCCCUCUGCCUCCCCGUCCCCCAGCCCCCCAACCCCCAUCCCCACCCCAGCCUUCACCCUUGCAUUCUACCAGAGCCAACCCCCCCCCCCCUUUUUCGUUGAUCCCUUCUGGCCUUGCAGAAAGGGCAUCCUUCAGACAGGUAACGCCUCCGCUAGAGAAAUGAGCUCUGCAAACCUUUGCACCCUGUUGAGAGAGCAGCGGUAGCAUCACCCUCGGAUCACCUGCAUCAGUCCGGGUGACUGUUGUUCAAAUGCAAGUGCCCCUGAUUAGGAAAGCUGGCUCUUCAACCCCGGGGCCCUCAGAGACUUUCCGGCUCUUCCUGGCUGGCUCGAGUGGAAUAGAGGCCCGUUGUUCAGUUGCAGAUUUGGGAAUCCUCUCCUCUGUAGGUGAUGUCCUCGGCAUUCUCUCUUACAGCCUUUCUAGUUGUGGAUUCUCUCUGGACGUCUGUCCCCUUUUCUCCGGUGACACCUCCACCGCCAGGGGGGCUGACCGCCAUCACCUCCAGCGUCUCCAGGCUUGGUUUUUCUAUGACUUUCCAAGGAGGGGAGGGGGUCUGGCUUUUCUUUUUAAAAUAAGUCUCUUCCUGCACUUCUGAGAAAAAGAAAAAAAAAGU